AGCAGCAGAAGAGAGCAGUACUGCCUUGUAACGUCAAGUGUGCAGCACAUGGACGGAGAAAGACAGUCUUAUUAUUUGUUAUCCAGUUUAUAAUAUUUACGGCGCAUAAAAUACAUCUGUGAUUCAUUAUGUAAGGAUAAAGUGGUCUCGAUGCGCUAGAAGCACUGUGCCGCUUCUCGUGCUAUCUUUGCUUGUUAGUUAGCUUAGCUGGCUAGUUAGCUUAGCUUGUUAGCUGCUAACAGAAGACACAGAAGUUAUCAACACAUCGCUAAGUAGAGAUCAAGUGUGAGAGUAAAGUGUUGUGAUUGUGUGAAAAUGUGCGAAAGUAGGAUAGCAAAGUAUGAGGAGGAACUUUGUCCAACAAAAGAGGAGAAGGAGCGACAACAUCAACUACUGGACGCUGUUUUCAAGAAACAUCAAGUUGUGUUACACAGAACAGACAUCGAUGAAGAACAUCUUCCUCAUGAGGAGGAGGAGGAACCACAGUCCCCCCACAUACACGAGGAAGAAAAGGUACCACAUUCCCAACACAUCAAAGAAAAAGGAGAGGAGUCAAAGCCCCCCCACAUUAAAGAGGAAGACGAGACGCCACAGACCCAUAAUGUUAAACUGACCCUUCACAUUAAAGGGCAAGCGGAGGACCCACUCAUCUUACACAUCAAAAAGGAAGAGGAGGACCUACUGACCCCUUACUUUAAGGAGCAAAAGAACCAGCUGAUCCCUCACAUUAAAAGGAAAGAGGAAGAAGAGGACCAAGAGGCGCCGCACAUUAAAGAGGAAGAGGAGGAAGAGGGCAUCAGUCAGCCUAAAUGGUUGGAGGAGUUCCCAGUGACUGGUGUCCCUGUGAAGAGUGAAGAUGAUGAGGUGAAAGGUGAAAGUGAGGAGAGGGGAGGGGGGGAGCCUCCAAGCAGCAGCUCAACACAACACAUGACAACAGAAGCUGAUGGAGACCACUGUGGAGGAUCACAAGCAGACAAGCUCUUAGCUCCACUAUCAGAUAGUGAGGACACAACGUCACACUCUCCUGACACUGAUGAUGAAGACUCUAAAGAUGAUAAGACAUGUCACACUGACAACACUCACUUCACAUCUUCUCACUGUCACAAAACAUUUAAAUACCGUAGUAGUCUGAAAAGACACAUGAGAACACACACUGGAGAAAAACCUUUUUCAUGUUCAAUCUGCGGUAAAGAUUUUACUCAGAGGCCAGAUUUUAAAGUACACAUGAGAACACACACUGGUGAAAAACAUUUUUCCUGUUCAACCUGUGGUAAAGGUUUUACACACAGUAGCAAAUUGAAAAGACACAUGAGAAUACACACUGGUGAAAAACCUUUUUCCUGUUCAAUCUGUGGUAAAGGUUUUACAGAAAGUCAGAGUUUGAAAGUACACAUGAGAAGACACACUGGUGAAAAACCUUUUGUUUGUUCAAUCUGUGGUAAAGGUUUUACUAGCAGUCAAUGUUUGAAAAGACACACAAGAACACACACUGGUGAAAAACCUUUCCCUGUUCAAUUUGUGGUAAAAGUUUUAGAGAAAGUCGCAAUUUGAAAGUACACACGAGAACACACGCUGGUGAAAAACCUUUUCCCUGUUCAAUUUGUGGUAAAAGUUUUAUAGAAAGUCAGAAUUUGAAAAGACACAUGAGAACACACACUGGUGAAAAACAUUUUUCCUGUUUAAUCUGUGGUAAAGGUUUUACAGAAAGUCAGAGUUUGAAAGUACACAUGAGAAGACACCCUGGUGAAAAACCUUUUCCCUGUUCAAUUUGUGGUAAAAGUUUUAUAGAAAGUCAGAAUUUGAAAAGACACAUGAGAAGACACACUGGUGAAAAACCUUUUUCCUGUUCAACCUGUGGUAAAGGUUUUACACAAAGUCACGAUUUGAAAGUACACAUGAGAACACACACUGGUGAAAAACCUGUUUCUUGUUCAACCUGUGGUAAAGGUUUUACUGCAAGUCAGAAUAUGAAAAGACACAUGAGAACACACACUGGUGAAAAAUCACAUUCCUGUUCAAUCUGCAACAGAAGCUUUGGUGACCGAUCAACCCUUGUAAGACACAUGAGAAGACACCCAGGAGAGAAAGUGUUGAGUUGCAGUGUGUGUGGUGAAAGAUUGUCUUCUAAGUACCAGUGUAAGAAACACAAGUGUGCUGGUGAGAACAGCAGCAGCAAAUGAAACUGCAGGAUUUGAAAUAAACUGUCCAGACUUUCAUUUUGACUUUCUAACAACAUCAGCACAUAUAACAUGUGUGACAUUGUUGUUUGUCUAACAAUAUUUUUUAUAUGAUUCUACAUUUAUAGAUUAGAUAUUUUAUAUUAGUGCUUUUUUCAGUCAAGCACAUACAUUAAUAUGCAAUAUUGUGUACUUUUAUUAUAAAAUGGACAGAACAAUUUAAGUAAAAAGGUGGGAGUAAACAGUACGGGAAAUAUUUUACAUGCAAUAAACAUUUUAUGUGUGUGUGUGUAUAUAUAUUCUGUAUAUUCAACAUAUAAUUUUAGACUUAUUCAUAUGAAAUAUGAAAUUGUUACAUAUUUGUAUUUCUAAUUGUUAAUAAUCCCAUAGAUUAUCACCUUUAUAUGAUAUACAUAUGUACUGGUUCACAUCUGAAACAUCUUCUGGACCACUUCAGGAAGCAUGUUAUUAAUUACUUUAUACAUCGUUUCAACAAUACAAUUUUAAAAUGUGUGACUUUUUGAAUCAUCUGUUGGUUCUCUUUAAUCUAUUUUAUUCAUUAUUGUUAUUACUCUGUAUUAUGAUGAUUGUGUUGUGAUUAUUUUAUAUGUAUGUCCCCAGACCUUUAUGCAGUAUAAAAGUGAGAGAAAAUGGCAGAUUUAUUUGUGGAAGGAUGGCUAAGUUUUUACAUUUGUGGAUAUAUUAAAUAAAUCAAGUAUUGUGUUUUAAAUGUU